AUGCUUGAAGAAUUGACCAAACGGGUCGAGUCCAGUGAAAAGAAGAUAGAGGCGAACGACAAGAAGGUGGAGAACUACAACUCGAGGGUCGAUCAGAUUCCGGGGGCUCCACCAGUGUUGAAGGGACUGGAUUCGAAAAAGUUUGUUCAAAUGCCAUUUCCGCCGAGUGCGGCACCGAUGAAAAUCCCCAAGAGAUUUCGCAUGCCCGAUAUCCCAAAGUACAAUGGGACAACGGACCCAAAUGAGCAUGUGACUGCGUAUACGUGCGCUAUUAAGGGCAAUGAUCUCGUCGAUGACGAAAGGGAAUCAGUACUACUUAAGAAAUUUGGGGAGACUCUGUCAAAAGGGGCUAUGAUUUGGUAUCAUAACUUGCCCGAGCACUCGAUUGAUUCAUUUGGCAUGCUCGUUGAUGCUUUCGUUAAGGCCCAUACCGAGGCCAUCAAGGUCGAAACUCGAAAAUCGGACUUGUUCAACGUUAAGCAACGAGAUGACGAGACCCUUCGCGAGUUUGUGGCUCGAUUUCAAAUAGAGCGCAUGGACUUACCUCCAGUUACUGACGAUUGGGUCGUUCAGGCUUUCACCCAAGGGCUCAACUCGAGGAGCUCGAUCACAUAUAUGGAGCUAAAACAAAACCUGAUAGAAUACCCGGCGAUCGCCUGGGCUAAUGUACACAACAGGUAUCAGUCGAAGAUCACGGUCGAAGAUAAUAAGAUUUUGAGGGCUGCUUCAGUAUCAUGGCAUUCCGAUAAAGGGAGUGAUCAUUCAAGGAGAGUGAUAGAUCGGGAUUCCAGAUCGUCAUAUGAUAGGUACCAGCCUUACCCGCUCGAUCGAAGGGGGAACGGGCGUAACAUCGAAUCAGGCAAGAAUGAUAGGAGAAACGAUCGAGGCAAAAAUAGUCGUAGUUUGGUAAACAGAAAUGCUGUCGAUAGAGCUCCGGGAAAUAGAGAAAUUCCAAGGUUAUCCGAGUACAACUUUUGCGUCGAUGUAGCAACCAUAGCGGCGGCCGUUAUCCGAAACAAAGAAACGAGACAUCUGAGGCCAAUCCAAUCUGACCCGGAGAAGAAGGAUAAAAGUCUUAUUUGUAAGUAUCAUCAUACUCACGACCAUCAAACCGAGGAUUGUCGACAGCUGAGAGAGGAGGUCGCCCGUCUGUUCAAUUUGGGGCAUCUUUGA